GCGCUGGGAGGUCCCAGUGGUCCUCGUCGGCAACAAGAAGGACCAGGGAGGCGACCGCAUGGUGAGCAGCGAAGAUGGACUCAAGAGAAGCCGGGACAUCGGCUGCCACGCCUUCCACGAGAUCUCCGUCAGAGAGGAGCAUCGAGGAGGUAUCCCGUGUCUUCAGCGACGCCGUCAGGUACUGGAGAGAGGUCAUGCGGACGCCCAAGCUGCGGCGGGCGUCGUCGGACCUCCACGACCUCCCGCACGAGUCGUCGAAGGCCCUGCAGCCCCCCGUCAGCGUGCCUGAUUCCCCGUCGGAGUCGCGCUGGUUCUCGCUCAUGCUGGGCUUCCGCCACCGCAAGGCGUCGGAGGAGGGCAGCCCCGAGCAGGACGCCGCAGGAGCCCCCUCGAGCCAGGGCCCCAACGCCUCGGCCGCCCCGCCUCCGCCCUACAGGACCCGCGCCUCCACCGACGGCCACCUCCACCAGCGGAGGCUCUACAAGCUCAGGAUGACCUUGAAUCUGCGAUCGUCCAACUUGCACGAGAGGAGGAUGAGCAUCGCCAUGCGCGGCGCCACCUGCGGGUUCUGAGCCUCGGGGGGGAAGGGGGAGGGAAGAAGGGCGAAGG